AUGAGCAGCAGAAUCUUCGGGCCCAAAACCGUAACGUUUGAAAUAUCCGCGAGCGAGAUUUCAUGCAAAUCAUGCAUCGAAGACUACCUAAAAACCAAGGUGUUGCAAUACCGGGUCACCUAUGUCAGCAAGCGCAACAGCUGGGAAAUCAUCACGACGGGGGAUCCAGAGGAGAUCAAAGCGGGUGUCCGCCCGUUCAUGGCUGAGAAAGAAGCCGAGUGUCAUUCUCAGCCAAAGGAAAACAGGCGCAAAAAGCGAACCAGGCGCCAGACACCGCAGGCUCAGCCACGGACAAGACGGGAAAGCUCACCUCUGCCUUCGCCUCUCCCGCCGCCGCCGCCUCCUACUCCUCAGCCACCCUCUAAGAAUCCAGACGUCUUAGCGAUCCACUAG